ACCCACAUAUAUAAACCUCCCGGCGGUGAAGAAACUGAAAUCAGAAAGCGUUUUCAGCAAGCAAUUCGAAAUGGGAGUCCACGGUCUCUGGGAACUCCUCUCCCCCGUCGGCCGCCGCGUCUCCGUCGAGACCUUAGCCGGAAGAAGACUCGCCAUCGACGCGAGCAUAUGGAUGGUUCAGUUCAUGAAGGCAAUGCGCGACGAGAAGGGAGAGAUGGUCCGCAACGCGCAUUUGCUCGGCUUCUUUCGCCGGAUUUGCAAGCUACUCUACCUGCGGACCAAGCCGGUUUUUGUUUUCGACGGCGGAACGCCGGCGCUCAAGCGCCGCACUGUGAUCGCUCGCCGGAGACAGCGGGAGAAUUCUCAGGCUAAGCUCAGGAAAACCGCCGAGAAAUUGCUUCUCAAUCAUCUUAAGUCGGCGAGGCUGAAAGACUUGGCUGAGGAUAUUAAGAACCAGAGGGAGAAUCAAAAGAAUGAUGCCAAGGGUAAGGAAGUUUCGGAUAAAGCUGGUAGUUCGGGGAGUGGUGAUUUAGAAAUGAAUGAUUUGGCCUUGAAGCGUUGCAACCAGGAAAAGCUGGAUGAAAUGUUGGCAGCAUCGAUUGUGGCGGAGGAAGAAGGGGGUUUAACAAACAGUUUGCCAAAUACUUCUGCUGCUGUUCCUUGUGAGGAGGAAGACAAAGAAGAGGAUGAAGAGCUGAUACUCCCAGAGAUGCAUGGCGAAGUUGAUCCAGCUGUGUUAGCUGCUUUGCCUCCAUCAAUGCAACUUGGACUUCUUUUGCAGAAAAAUAAGCAGGCGAAUGAUGCCAAGGGUAAAAAGAUUAUGUCAGAUCCCACUGAGGUAGUGGGAAUCAACUCAGAAAAAUCUGAUGCGGUAUUGAGGACUGUUGAUCAAGAAAAGCUAGACGAAAUGAUUGCAGCAUCUAUUGCGGCAGAGACAGAUGCUAGUGUAACUAAUAAUGCAUCAACAUCAACAUCAACAUCAACUGCUUCUGUUCUUGUUGAUGAGGAUGUCAAUGAAGAGGAAGAUGAUGAAGAUGAAGAGAUGAUACUGCCAGCAAUGCAUGGUGAUGUUGAUCCAGCUGUAUUAGCAGCAUUGCCCCCAUCGAUGCAACUUGAUCUUCUUGUUCAAAUUAGAGAGAGAUUGAUGGCGGAAAACAGACAAAAGUAUCAGAAGGUCAAAAAGGACCCUGAAAAGUUCUCCGAGCUACAAAUACAAUCUUACCUUAAAACUGUUGCUUUCCGUCGCGAGAUAGAUCAUGUGCAGAAAGCUGCUUCUGGAAGGGGGUUUAGUGGUGUCCAGACAUCACGGAUAGCCUCUGAAAGCCACAGAGAAUUUAUCUUCUCAUCAUCAUUUACUGGUGAUAAACAAGUACUUACCGCUGCAAGAGCUGAUAGAAGUGGAGACAAACAACAAGCACCAAAAGAGCAUUCUUCAAAGGUCAAGAAUACUGUUCCAUCUACCAAUAAUGUGACUGGAUCAACCCCUGAAGAAUCCCGAAGGGUUUUUGAUGAUAACAUUGAGACAUAUUUGGAUGAGAGGGGCAAUGUUAGAGUCAGUAGAGUAAGAGCUAUGGGGAUCCGCAUGACCCGUGAUUUACAAAGGAAUUUGGAUCUGAUGAAAGAGAUGGAACAAGAGAAAACCAAUGCAAACAAGGUAACCAAUGCUGGGAAUGUGCUAACUAGAAAUAACACUGGCAGCAUUUUGAGAAGGUCCCCGAGUAAUGGAACACUCAAAGAAACAUCACGCGGUGAUAACGGGGAUCUUGAUAACACUGCUGUGCCAAAAAGUCUUCCUGGUCAAAACAAGGUUGGGGAAUCCUCACUCAGUGAUAAUAACUUGAAUGAGAGAAAUCAUCAGUGCAUUUCAAAACUUGUUACUCCUAUAGAGAUAUCCAUUGAAGACGAUGGUGAUGGAAAGCCUUUUGAUGCUGAAGAUGAUCUAUUUGUUCGUUUAGUAGCAGGUAAUCCUGUAACUAUUUCUUCAGCUAAUGAUACUGUAAAAGAACAAUUUUCUGGUUCUGAUUCAGACUGUGACUGGGAGGAGGGGACUGUAAAAAGUAGUAGUUUUCCUGUUGAUAGUGAAUUGAAAAUUAGUUCCUCUGAUUUGAAAGCCAACAAUAGUGAUGACAGUGAAGUGGAAUGGGAGGAAGGAUUUUCUGGAAUUACUGAAAAUACCUCAUCUUACCCUGGCAGAAAAACAACAUCUAAAGGUUAUGUUGAAGAAGAAGCUGAUUUGCAGGAAGCAAUAAAGAGGAGUCUCGAGGAUAUAGGGGAUGAGAAGUGUAGUCGUGCAUCAUUGGAAGAUGGAAAGUUGAAACCUCUUGGAGAAGAGGUUCAAAAAUUUAGUGGAUAUAUUGAUAGAGAAACCAAGAUGGUUGACCCAGUUUUGUUUAGUACCCAACUAAAUGGAUCAGUUGUUGAUGGAUUUGCAAAGCUGAAUGGUGUAAGAUACUUAGGCUCUUCUUCAGAACAAGUAAUGCAGGAUGCAAGUGAAAGGGUCAAUUUGCAUGGAGAAAUGCAAUCCACAGUAUCUUUUACUCCUUCAGGCACAAAGGAGGUCCAUGCGAUGAGGGAACAAGUCUUGGGUACUUUAAAUGAGGGUGGUGGCAUAUCUACUGUUCCUAAUGUGUGUGAAAAUAUUAAUGCUGAUAAUUCUUACAGUUUGUGUGGUAACGUUACUCAUUGGGUUGAUGACCAGAAGAAUGAUAUUGAAACAGAAUCGUCAUGUCAUUUGGUUGAAAUGGCAAACCCUUCUUCCAUAGUGGAGUCAUUGCCAAACAAGAUGACAAACGAAUUUGAUGAUCAUAGAAAAUGGGAUAAGGAAAAGAGUCAUGACAGUUUUUCUCAGGAAAUUAAUCACAAUUUGGAAAAAUCUCCUGUUAAGGGUAUUGGUAAUGCAGAUAUUGAAGUCAUGGAAGCUAAUUUGGAGGAGGAAAUGCUAAUUUUAGACCAAGAGUGUAUGAAUCUGGGAGAUGAGCAGAGAAGGCUUGAACGUAAUGUAGAAUCCGUAAGCAGUGAGAUGUUCACUGAAUGUCAGGAGCUGUUGCAAAUGUUUGGUAUACCAUACAUUAUUGCACCGAUGGAAGCAGAAGCUCAGUGUGCAUAUUUGGAACUUGCAAACCUUGUUGAUGGUGUUGUGACCGAUGACUCUGACGUGUUCUUGUUUGGGGCGCGAAGUGUUUACAAAAAUAUUUUUGAUGAUCGAAAAUACGUUGAGACAUAUUUUAUGAAGGACAUUGAGAGUGAGCUUGGCUUAACGAGAGAGAAGCUAAUUCGUAUGGCACUUCUUCUUGGGAGUGAUUAUACUGAAGGGGUUAGUGGGAUUGGCAUUGUCAAUGCUAUUGAGGUUGUGAAUGCAUUUCCUGAGGAGGAUGGCCUCCAUAAAUUUCGGAAUUGGAUUGAAUCACCUGAUCCUACCAUUCUAGGUAAGUUGGACGCAGAGUCUGGAUCAAGUGCCAGGAAAAGAGGGUCAAAGUUUGGGAAGAAUGAUACAAAUAAUACAAAGAGCCAUAUGGAUGAAGUCUCAGAUUUUGAGAAAAGCAAUUGUCAAGAUCAAGAACACAAGCAGUCAGAUGAUCCGACUGAGGGUGUGAAGCAAAUUUUCAUGGAGAAGCAUAGAAAAGUGAGCAAAAAUUGGCAUAUUCCCCUAUCUUUUCCAAGUGACACAGUUACUUCUGCUUAUACUUGUCCACAAGUGGACAAGUCAACUGAGCCUUUCACAUGGGGAAAGCCAGAUCAUUUGGUUCUUCGCAAAUUGUGCUGGGAAAAGUUUGGUUGGGUUAACCAGAAGUCAGAUGAACUGCUAGUGCCUGUUCUGAAAGAGUACAACAAACAUGAGACUCAACUGCGGCUGGAAGCUUUUUACACGUUCAAUGAAAGAUUUGCAAAAAUACGUAGCAAGAGAAUCAAGAAAGCUGUCAAAGGUAUCACUGGAGAUCAACCUUCGGAAUUGAUGAAUGCUGCUUCACAAGAAGGUUCUAAUAGUAGAAAGAAGAGAAGUGUAAGUACUGAUGAAGCUGGGGUUGACAAUUCAGAUAAAUCUUUAGUUGGAACAGAGAAAACCACAGUUAGAAAUCAGAGCAAUUCUAAGGGGAAAUCAACUCGUAAGCAAUCAAGUAAAAGGCAGACUGCUGAGGGCAGACAAACCAAUAGAAAAUCAGUUGCAAAUGGAAGAGGCAGAGGAAGAGGAAGAGGUACAAGCAGGGUACUGGGAAGAGGAAAGAGAAAAGUAGAUUCCAGCUCUCCAGAAACUCAAAACACUUCUAAUGAUGGUGAAGAAGAUGAUGAGUUGGAAGUUCAUAUGGCAACAUUUGAAAGCUCGGAGGAAGUGCGCAGGUCUGGGCGGUUGCGGAAGCCUGUGAAUUACAGAGUCAAUGACAUGGAAAUUGAUGAUCUGGAUCACACUGAUAGCAGAGUUUCCGAAGUAGAUGCAGGGAAACAAAGUCUAUUCAAGGCCGACGGUAUAUGUGAUGAAAUUGUUUUAGGUGUCAAUGAAAAGAAACAGGAGAGUGCAGGGAAGUUGUCUCCAAAGGAGGGCCAGCGUAAAGAUUACCUUGAGUUAGGGGGUGGGUUCUGCCCCUCUGAAGAUGAAACUAGUGAACCAGGUUUGAGCAAUGUUGAUCAACAUUUUCAGGGUGAUGUUUCUGAAGACAACAUUCAAAUGGUAGGGGGAUUUAGGGGAAAUGAAAAUGAGUUUGGUACUAACCGAGAUGGAAUUCAUGAUCUAGCUACAGCUACUACUGUAUCGGGAAAUGGCGACCUUUCUGAUUUCUCUUGUUUCCUCGAUGAAGCUGAUGUUGGUGAUAUGUCAGUUCAAUCCAAUCUUCCCACAAAAAGACCGUUAGUGGGAUUACCAGGUAGUGGGAGGACAUCUGCCUAUGAUUCCGAACAGAGCUUAAAUCAUUAUACGAGUAAUGAUCAUUCCAUGUCCAGUGUGUCGCCACAGGAGAAUACAGUAGAUAAUUCUAGACAGCCACCUAUUGGAGGUCUAAGUGCGAUGCCAUUUCUAAGGAAAAAAAGGAGGAAGAGUUGAGGCUACGUAUUUUUUAAAUGUAAAUAUUCGUUGUAAAGAGGAAGACUAUUUUGCUUAAUGAAGUUUCUAUGUUGUUCCAGUUGGAUGAAAUGCCAGAAUGUAUAAUCAGGGUUGUGAGGUUGGUUUAGUGGUGGUGAUUACUUGACUUGAACUUCAGCAACCUACAAGUUUUGAUAUCAAUCUUCAACCCACCUUGGUAGCUAGCAGGUUUUUUCCAUUAUGUGGCCUUUGAUACUUUGGCACUAUCAUUCAAUAUGUGAAUGAUGAAUUAACAAUCUUCUUGGACAGGUUGCCAAGUUAAUUAAGAGAAAAUUUGUUGGGUCUUUUCAUAA